UCGUGCAUUAAUAUGGAAAUAAGCUUCUUAUAUAAUAGUAAUAAUUAACACUCUAAGCGAUUUAUAUAAGCAAUAAAAUGGGUGCUUUCAGUAAAAUUAGAGUUGCUUUUAAAAAGUAUCCUCUUUUAAGAGGAAUGGCUUCGUAUGGUAUUAUUUGGCCAAUUUCUAGUUUAAUUCAACAAACAUUCGAAGGGAAAAAUGUAGAAAACUAUGAUUGGUUACGGUGUGCCCGUUUUGGUCUAUAUGGGUCUUGUUAUGUAGCUCCGACGUUGUAUAGCUGGUUAACUAUAGCUAAUAUAAUGUGGCCUGGCUCAUCUAUACGGGUUGGAAUUAUCAAGACAUUUGUGGAAACUGUUACAUACACACCAUUUGCGAUGUGCAGUUUCUAUUUUGGUAUGAGUCUUUUGGAAAUGAAACCAGUUAAUGAAGCUGCUGCUGAGGUUCAAGCAAAGUUUUGGCCCACAUACAAGGUUGGAGCGUCUGUUUGGCCAGCUGUAGCUAUGGUAAAUUUUUGUCUCAUACGUCCAAAAAACAGGGUUCCAUUUAUAAGUCUAUGCAGCUUAGUGUGGACUUGUUUUCUUGCUUAUAUGAAACAUUUGGACAAGGAAAAAGUUGCCGCUAAGGCAGGACAAAGCCCUGUGCAAUUAAUGAAAAUGAAUAUAUGAAGGUGCCAAUCUGUUGAAUAAUUUUAUUAGCAAAAUCUAUUUUUUUUUUUACAAUUUUUUAGUAACAUAAUUUCCUAAUGUGUCAGUCAAUCAGUCUGUCAGUAAUGAGUCAGUGGUGAUUGGUUAAUAGGAAUAUUGUAGUUUUGCCUCAACUUUCGACUGCAGAAAGUUAUGAUAUAUGACAAAUACUACUAUAACGAAACCGAAGCCAAUAUUAACAGACUGUAUUAAAUAUAUCGGCUAUCUUGAUUCCAUCUGAAACACUUGUGAUAUUUAUGUAAGAAAUGCAGUUUACAUUUUCGAAUAUUUUACGUUGGUCAUAGUUUUUACAUCUUGUUUAUUUUUCCUAUUUAUUAUUACUAUAAAAUAGUUGUUAUGUUAUAGGAUACACUGUGAUAUCUCACCAUGUUGUAAUUUAUUUGUGAACUAAGGUAGAUAUCUACCUAUUUUUGAACAUAAAUAUUUAUCAUGACAUGAUCAAAGAUAUAAAAAGUAAAAAAGUAUUGUAGAUUGUAAUGUUGACAAUCAAACAAUCUCAGUACUUGGUACUUGGUGCAACGGGCUGGUAUCCGCAACUCGACGACAAAGCGCCUAUUUUGCGUAUUAGUAUCUAUUAUUUAUCUAUCUACCUAUCUCAGUACUUAUUUUUAUUAUUUGAGUAUUGUUUCUAAAUGCUCUCUUUGAUUUAGAAAAGGAAAACAUGAUUGAUAAAAGACAAUUGUAUGAAAACAGUAUUUUGUUAAAGGGAUAAAUUAAGUACCCACCACAAAAUAUGCUGAAGUUUUAAUAAAAUGUAAUGAUGUUAAAGCUCAUUGAUAAAAUGUAUAUAACGGAAGUGUGUGUUGAUGUUUUUCUGUUCAGUAUUUGCGACAGUAUUGUUUUAAAUUAAUUAUUAGUAAGUAUAUAUUUAACAAAUUGUACCAUUUGCAUAACAUUAAUGUUGUGUUAAUUUAUCACAAUCCCUAUAGUAAAA